AUGUCGAAAAGAGAAUCUAAAACAGCAAAAAAAAUUGCUGAAAUUCUUCCUAAUUAUAUAAAAAAGAAAAACGAAAGUUUUUUAUUAAGUCUACGUGUUAAACCUAAUUCUAAAAGCACAUCUAUAUAUUUUAAUUCCGACAAAGAAGUAUUAAACAUAAACAUACAAGAACAACCAAUUAAUAAUCAAUCAAAUUUAGCAAUAAUAAAUUAUUUUUCAGAUAUUUUACAACUGAAAAAAAGAGAUAUAUCUAUUGUUUCAGGAUUGAAAUCAAGAGAUAAGGUUUUAAUGAUUUCAAAUAUUUCAUUAGAAGAUUUAAAUAAUAAAAUUUCAGAAAAUGUUGAAUAA